GCCGCCGGAGAGCAGCUGUCAAACCGCGAACCGAGCGUCAUCGUCGCAGAGGGAAGAACCAGAAAAAGUUCCGCAAACACCUUGAAAUUUUGCAGGGGAAAAAUUCGAUUUUCGUCCGCAUCGCACGAGCCAAUUUCGCCAAAAUGCUGAUCAAAGUGAAGACCCUGACCGGAAAGGAAAUCGAGAUCGACAUUGAGCCCACGGACAAAGUGGACCGAAUCAAGGAGCGGGUGGAGGAGAAGGAAGGCAUCCCACCGCAGCAGCAGCGACUCAUCUUUUCCGGCAAGCAGAUGAACGACGACAAAACCGCCCAGGAUUACAAGGUUCAAGGUGGUUCGGUGCUGCAUCUGGUGCUGGCGCUGCGUGGAGGUGGUCACUAAAGUUACCAUGGGGGAGGAUUCCGUAUCGAAUAAGCUGGAAGUGAGAUAGUUUUGUAACUUAUUUUUCGAAAUGUUGCCCCCGGGGUCGCCGCUUGGAAGGGGGAGAAGAUGUUGGGGAAAGAUAGACGUUGUAGGCUCACUUGAAUUUCUAACUUUACUUUAUUUGAAACAACGGCAAUUAUUCUCUGUUUUGUAAUCGUCACUCAUCGUUGGAAAACAAAAUAAAACCUUAAAUUGGA